AUGGUCAACACUUCUUCCUUCUCUUCUUCCUGGAGCUCCAGACCCCUACAAUUGUUCCUUUGUCGUGAAGACUCCCUAGGAACUAGGUUGCCUUUGUCUCUACUCUAUUUGUUGUUGGCUAUCUCUGGAACUUUAUCCAACUUCAUGGUUAUUUAUAUGGUCUUCACUUCCAGAAAGCUGCGUAUCACCAGCAAUGCUUUCAUUGUGAAUGGUUGUAUCGCUGACCUGAGUGUGUGUGGUUUUUGGAUGCCACAAGAAGCAAUGCAGGGAUUGCUACCUUCUGGUUCCCCUACAGCUCAUUCAGAAGGUUACCACUUAUUCCAGAGUAGUCUUCUUGUUCUUGGGCUGUUUGUUUCAUUACUUUCCCACCUCUUGGUGGCCCUCAACCGGUACGUGAUCAUUACCAAACCACACAUUGUCUACCAGGCUGUUUAUCAGAGGAAGCAUUCUACUUGGAUGAUAUGUUUGACCUGGAUAUUUGCUCUUCUCCUUGCCUUGGUCCAACCAGGACUGGAAACCUGGCAAUCAAUCCAGCAAGAGUCUGAAAAUGCCACCAGUAACAACAGCUCUAACUAUGCAAGCCUAGGAAUAGCCCUUGCUAUUCUCAGCCAGACCGUUCUCCUGUUCCAUUGCUACAUGAGGAUUGUGAGGCAUGUCCAGGGCAGUGUCAAACGGGUCAGUGUCCUUGACUUCCAUCUUCUGCAACAGCUGCCCUUUCUCCAUACUACUGGCCAAGCUUCCCGUCGGUCCCAGCGCCAUUUGAGCAGCAUCUCUAUGUUGCUCCUGUGUCUGACAUUCUUCCUGACAACCCAACCAUUGGUCUGGGUAAGCCUCCUGAACUUUUUCUUUCAUCCUGCCCCCCGGGAGCUGCAGUUAUCCAGCUGUCUCCUUCUGUGUUCUCUCUCUGCCUUCAACCCACUGCUCUAUACUUGGAAGAAUGAAGAAUUUCGGCGUUGCCUGCGCCUAAUACUACGUGGAAGAGAAAGUACAACUGUAGCAGUAGCUGCAGCAGAAGUCUCUACAACUCUUCCAACAGUGUCUCCUCCAACCUGA